AUGGGACAAUUAGAGGAAUUGAAGAAAGAACACAAAUUUUUUACAGAGUUCACUGCCGAACUGGAGACAUUGAUCGGCAAAAGAAACGAUAGAAGAUCGGGAAAAAAUUGGAAGGGUAAGUUCAAAUUUCAAAAUGUUUUGGAAUUGAAUUGGGUGAGAGAGAAAACCAUUUUUAAUUUUUAAGCGGCAAAAUCUUCGUUGAAAUCGUUGACUGAAAGACAAAUGGUCGGCCAAAAAACAAGGUUCGUUUGUUUUUUAUUUUGGAUAAAAUUCAUACAUAUAUUUUUACAGAAUUGGAAAUCGACUCGUUCACCAAUGCAAGCUUAUGCCAUAG